GUUGAAGUGAUUUUUCAAAACAUUACAGUGGUCUAUAAUAUAUCACAUCCCUUGAUAUAUUCUAAUACGUGGCUCAGUUAUAUUUUUACUCAUUCGUCACUCAGUUUCUUGUGAUUACAUUUUUUGGAGAAAUUUGGUUUAACCUUCAAAUAACAUCAUUAAGGAAAGUGAGAGAGAUAAUAAUUGUAGGAGUGAAACAGAGAGAAAAAUAAUUUGUUUUUGAAUGCUAUAAAUACCCACACCAAUAUUUGUCAGAUUUGACAAAUCACUUCAGACUCUGAAGUUGUGUUCUCGGAUAUUCAGCUUUUGAAUCACCUUUGGGCCUCCAGCAAUUCUAGAAUCAUGUACUUUUGUCGUUUCAUUUGUAUCUUCGCCUUAUUGCUGGUAUGCGGCUUUGCAGCAGAAAUCCCGACAUCAAAGAAAUCUGAAUGUAAAAGCUUUUGCACACUGGAGUACUUGCCGAUUUGCGCCACUGACGGGCACACAAUGAGAACGUUUCCCAAUGCUUGUACUUUGGCCAUUGAGGAAUGUAAACAUCCAGGAAAAUGGAGAAAAGUGAAAAAUGGAGCUUGCUGAGAAAAUGCUGAAACUACUGGACAAUGCCCUGUUAUAUCCUGGAUGUUUCUUUUGGAGUAAUGUUUUCGAUAAUCCUGCAUAUUCAUUCGCUUGAGACAUUCUAGAACCAAUAUAAUCGAAUGACUAUCCAAGUUCCACGAUAUCACAAGAUAUACAGAGUUGUAGCUCUUCAAAAUAACACAGAAGCUCAUUCAUUUCCUCAAAAAUUAUUAUUGAGAUGUCUCUCAUACAGUCAGUGAUAUUCAAAUUUGAUAAAAUGCAAUAAAAACCAACGAAUGUACUCAUUAUUAUUCUUCUCAUGGUAUUUCAGCUAAUGUGACAAUCUAAUUAUUCAGCUACAAUGAGACAAUAAGACAUUACAAGUACCUCUUUCACAGUGUUAACAUAAACUUUAUAAAAUUUCAAGAAAACGUUAGUUUA